GAGUCCGCGCGAGUGUUCACGGUCUCUGGGAACUAAAAAGCUGCAGCGGAGAACCCUUUUGUUUACAUUACGUUAUGCUCGACAUAGCUUCUUGGGAUUACUAUUGAAACAACAUUAAAGUCCCGGUCCAUGAAGGAUUUCCAAGCGUGUGCACGUAUUUAGGGCAAAUCAGAUUUGUAACAAUGGAGGAGGAGGAGGAGAAAACCAAAAGGACAACUCGGUCAAGAGCUAACAUUCGUGGAAAGAAAUCUGCAGGAAAGAAAUCUACAGAGUCAAGUGCAACUUUGGACUCCACAAAAGAGCCACCUAUUAGACUUACUAAAAAGGCUGUGGUGGUGUUAACUAAACUGCCUCAAUACAAGAUUAAUGCGUUACGGCCACCAACACCAGAGCAGUUUUACAGUGAAGAGGAAUCCUUGAGCAGCUCGGAUUCAGAUAUGCAAUGGGAGCCAGGACGAGACUCCAGCGAUUCGGAACUUUCACUAGCAAAUAAGAAAACAAAAGAGAAAAUCAAGAAACGUGUCAAGAUCACUCAUGCAUCUUGCAGCGCUAACAACAACCUGUCCGCGGAUCCUGUGAUUAUAACAUCAACACAGCAACUCAGCCAAUGUAAUGCGGAGAACACUAAAGCACGGCCCAAACUCCCUGAACCAGAAGUCAAAGUGGACAUGAUGGUGAUUGCCCGAAAGAAGCCUCUGCGGUGGGAACGAGGCAAAGUCCUGGAGGUUGUGACAAAAGAUGACGGUCGGGUGAAGUACAAAGUGAGUUUUGAGGAGAAAGGAAAGAGUCUUGUUUCUGGGCACCAUGUUGCCCUCGACUCCCCUCCAAAACUGGCCCAGCUGUAUGUGGGCGCUCGUGUGGUUGUACGCUGUCAAGUCAAUAAAUUCAGAUUCUGGCCAGGGAUUUUAGCAGAACUCCCUAGUAGAAGUAAUCGACUACGGUUUUUGGUCUUUAUUGAUGACCACACGCCGGUUUAUGUUGGAUUACCUUUACUUCACCUGGUGUGCAGACAAUUGGAUAAUCCUCUUGAAGAUGUCCCAGAAAGUGCCCACAGGAUUUUUAUGGAACAGUACUUGAACGACUGGCCUUACCCUCAUUUGACCCAGUACAGAGUGGGACAGAACCUCAAUGCGGAGUUAAAUGGAGUACAGAAGAGAUGUGAAGUGCUAGUGGUGGAUGGCAGCUUGAUACAGGUUGUUUUUCAUGAAAACCAGUUCAAGGAAUGGAUCCACAGAGGCUCUACACGUCUGGAACAUAUGGCAAGAUUUCUAGAAUUAAAAGCCUGCUAGAAGAGUACAUGGAUUUAGGUUUGCCUUGUAAAUGAAAACCCACUUUUUGACAGAAGAAGAAACAUGGUCUUAAAUUGUCAUCACAAUUGAUACACAAUUGAUAUAUACCGGUACAAUGAUACAUUUAUGCCCAAGUACUAUUAUUGUGCACUUGUCAUGCACAUAAAUUGCAUUAAGAUAUAACAUUUGUUUUUUUUCUAUCACCUUGUUGUAUAGUUGCUAUUGCUGAAAGGCCAGUAUGGACUAUGCUAGUUGUUUCUCGAGUAGUAUUAUCCCAAUACUCAAUUUAAAUACAAUUUUUUUUUCCAAUGGCAGAUUUUGUCCUGAUUUGAUUGCGAUAUCAGCCCUAGUCAGUCUCUAGGCUCACAAACUUGCAUAACUCUUGUUUUUAUUAAAACAAACAUAUAAACAUAAAAAAGCUUUGGCAUAUGUAUGAAGAUUUCAAAUGUGUAUAAAAAUAUAAUUUCUCAAUCUGUU